AUGGUGGACCUUCUCAGGAAGCAGUACCUCGCGGCCAAGGAGCAAAACGACCAGACCCGCAUGGACGAGAUCCUCGCAGCAUGCUCAGAGGCAAAACCAGCUGAACCAGUCGCAGCACCAGAGCCAUCAACAGGACAGAAGCUCCAAGAGGCAGUCGCGGAGCUCAACCGUCUCCAGAAGCACCAAGACAAGCUGGCCAAGCAACUCAAGCGUGCUACCGAGUACCGCAAUGAUGUACUCCAGAGGAUCAGCACCAACGUGUCCGAGCUGGCCGACGCGAAGAAGCACUUCCAAGAAGCCAAAGCCGACGCCGGAGGAGAUGCAGCCGAAGCACAGCCAGCCAAGAAACAGGACGACGCGGAGGAGGAGUUCCCGACCCUGGACGACGAGGAGUUGGCCAUGCUGGACAGCAAACAGAAAGAGGAGUAUGAAGCAAUCCAGAAAGAAUUCCAGAAGGCCAGGCAAUACAUCGACGGCAAGAAGACAGCAGUCAUCAACGCGAAGAAGGCGCUCGACGCAGCCAAGACCAUCAAUACCAAGGCCUGCAAGCGGCGUAAGGGAGAAGACGGAGCUGAAGCUAAACCAUCUCAGGAACCAGCAGCAGCACCUGGCGAACAGGCAGAUGCACCUGCGGCCGAUGCUGGACCAGUUCAAACAGACCCAGAGGUGGAGCUCGCCAACCAGUUCGACCUCUCAGAUGACGACCAGGUCAAGGCCUACCUCUCGAAGCUGGCCCAGAUCAAGAGCAGGACGUCGCCACGCGGCAGGGGUCCUAACUACAGCCAGAAGUACGACGAUGUUGAAGCCGAGAUCGACGGUACUGGCAUCAAGAUCCAGACCGAAGGCAAGAACCAGCAGACCAAUUCAGACGAUGCGAAGCCCAUCGUCACCAUCUUCGUGGCCAACGUUACGCAGUACAACACGGCCGCCAAACUUUUCAUCGAGGGCAAGAGCAAGCAGUGCGACAUCAUCGCGCUGAGCGAACACCACCUACGAGAUGCGCAGGGCCACAGCAUUUUCGCCAAUGAUUUCCAUGACAUCACCAUGGUGAAGUGGCAGCUCAAAGGACAGCAGAUAGCAGUGAUCACGGCCUACCUCACAGCAUCCAUCGGCUUCACGGGUCGACCCAUACCCAUGACGGAAAUACAAAGAGAGAAAGGUAUCAAGAGGCAACAACGCGACCGCACCCAGUACAACGAAAUGGCUAAGUACCUUGAAGAUGACCUCUUGGACAACAAGCUCCUGGACACGUACUACACGCAGACUGUGGCCAUGCGUUGCGACCAGAAUAUCUGGGAUAAGUGCCGAGAUGAGGAGUCAUCUUGCCGAAUCCGAGGCGCGCCGUUGUGGGUGCAGAAUUCGAUAGCGUACAAGCAGGACCCGCGCAUGAGUGAGUUGCUGGGUAAGUUGUAUGGCAAGUGGGCGAAUGCGGCGGAGCGGGCACUCUCGACCAUCACGGAGGCACCGAUCCACCCACGAGCGAGACGUGGACAGCCAACACGCUACAAGGAGGUACCCUACCCGCAGCACAUCGCAGGCAAGCCAAAAGGUAACACUAAAGCGGACGAGCAGCAGCACACCAGCACCCUCUGGACGGCGCUAUAUCAGCGUUGCCGAGACGGCGUUCUGCUCCUCCAAAGGCACCCGAUAGAGAGCAAGCACCACUUGGAUGCUGUCAGCCUCAUCACCAAGAAUGUAGUCACGCAGAUUGACAAGCUUGAAAAGACCAAAGUAGCGGAGACCGACUACCUGGAUGAGCAGGCGGCCCUUCUCGCCAAACGAGUCAGCUCCCUCGGCCACGACAUCGACCCCGACACGCACACGGAGAAUACGCACACGGAGAAUAUCACCGAGUGGCAG